GGAAAUGGUAGUUGGGCUUAAAAACCGUGCGUGUGAGUGUUUGGUUUUUUCCUUUAUUUAUCCCUUCAAUUCACACACAAGUUCCGUAUUCAAGUUUUGCAUAUAUAAAGAGAAACUUUCUUGAAAAAUUCUUUGCCAUAAAAAUAGUUUCAGACUUUGAAUAAACUUUAGCUAAAGAGUAUUGAUUGUCUCGUUUCAAACACAUACAACACCUAAAAUUAGUAGAAUGGAAACUGACAAAAAUGAAAAUCCCAUAAAUAAUUUUGCUGUUAGGGAAAAUAAAAAGGAUAAAUCAGUAAUUAAUGAAACUACCAGUUCUGCAUGCUACUUACCGAGAAACUACAAAUCUUAAUUUAUCCGAAAACUGUAAAUUCAUGGGACAAAAUCAACAUAACAAAAACAAAGCAAGGGAGCUGCUGCUCAUCAAUUAGUUUUAGCUCACAAUUAAAAAAACGUAUAAUUUAUUCAUACAAAAAAUUCAUUGUUUCAGCUUACAUCAUUUCAGUGCUCAGUCUAUCCAAUCUGUUGUCCCUCUGCAAAUUGUUAAACUGCCGUUGUAUUCUAAUUUGUCGUUAUUAUUCCUCUAAAUACGCUGUAAUAUAUUUCUGUGUAUACAUAUAUAAUUGCGGCCCAAAAAGUGUACUGAAACCACCAGGGUCCGUCAGCGCAGCCACUGGUUCAGUUUAGCCGUCCACCCUCGGCCCACCCACAUCCCCCACCGCCAUCCGUUGGCCCGGUGACUGAGCUGAUCUUUGUUGACUCUCUGGUUAAUUUCUUUUGAUUAUAGUACCUCCUUUUCCCCAGUACAGAAGAACUUCUGGUGGAAUUCUGUUGAUACCUUUCUUUUUCAACAAUCCGAAAUUUAUCGAAUUCUUUACAUUUCUGGGGUUUUCCCGGUUUUACUUUUUAUGUGCAUUUAUGGAAAUUUCUCCGGAUAAUUCUCUUCCUACUAAUAGUAAUGAUGCUGUGGUUAGUAAGAGAGAAGGCCACGAUGAUCAGCUCGCCGUGACCUCCGGCGGCGCCGCCGCUAUGCCUCCGACUGUUCAUAAGGUUGAAGAAUCAAUGGAAAUAGUUGAGGAAGCAUCAACGAGUCAACAAAACAGCAGACAAGAUCUUGUUUUGGACAUACCGGGAAGAACAGCAAGGGAGGGCUUUAAGGAGGAUUUCGUGAGGAUAAAUGUGCCUCAAUCAUCACCACCAACCCCUAAAAGAGUGAACUUUUCGCCGUUGCCGAGCCCUUCAGAUAGCAGGUUUAAUGGAUCUCCCCUUCCCUCGUCGCACAAGGCUAAACCAUCAGUGAAGAACCUCCUUCCUAAACUUAGCUUUAAGUUCCGGAAUACAAAUGCAGAGAUUGAGAAAGCUGCCAUGUUGGCUUUAGGAUCUCCUCUAGGGUCACAGGAAAAGACCUCGAUUACACGGACAUUCUCCCUUUCAAAGUUGUUCACACCUAGGAUGAAGAGAACAUCGUCUUUACCGUCUACUCCAGUUUUACAUUCAAAUCCAGAGUCGUUCCAUGGAAGGAACGGAAAUUCUGCGAAAGGUGGGACAUUCUAUCCCAUUCAUCGUUCACGUUCAGUACCUGCGCUGAACAAAGAUGGAAGUGUUAGGCAGACGGAGUACUCAGGUGGGAUAAUUCGUGUCGUUCCGGCCACUCCACGAGUUACAGAGCACCACAUGCCUUCACCCGAUGCAUCUGUAACGGUCGAUAUAGAAGGAAGUGGCAAUGAUGCUGAAGAUAUCCCUCAAGAAGAAGCAGUAUGCAGGAUCUGCCUUGUUGAACUAGGGGAGGGGUCAGAGACCCUGAAGAUGGAAUGCAACUGUAAGGGUGAACUUGCCUUGGCUCACCAAGAUUGUGCUGUGAAAUGGUUUAGCAUAAAAGGCAACAGGACAUGUGAUGUCUGCAAGCAAGAAGUUAAGAACUUACCUGUUACACUAUUGCGGAUCCAAGAUGGUCGGUCUCGAGGAAGCGGAGUGAAUCCUAUUCAAGUUCAUCGAUACAGGGUAUUGCAGGAUGUUCCGGUUCUUGUUAUUGUAAGCAUGCUCGCGUACUUCUGCUUCCUUGAGCAGCUUUUGGUCAUAAAAAUGGGGUCUGGUGCAAUCGCAAUCUCUCUACCCUUUUCUUGCAUAUUGGGCCUUCUUGCAUCCAUGACAUCAACUACAAUGGGUACUUUCCCUGCUGCUGCAUCCAUUCUUUUAGCUUAAUCUUAGCGAAGUAGAGGAAUUAAUCUUUCCUUGUUUUCUGGCUGUCAGUAAGGAGAAGAUUUGCGUGGAUCUAUGCUACUGUUCAGUUCAUUUUGGUGGUUGUCUUUGCACAUAUUUUCUACUCACUGGUGAGGGAAGCUUUUCUUGAACUAGAUUUUGGAGUACACUUAUGGUACAAAGUAUAUCCUGAUUCAACAUUUUAAUGCUAAUAAUGGAACAGCUUAAUGUCCAAGCGGUUUUAGCCGUUCUGCUGGCUACAUUUGCUGGAUUUGGUGGUGCUAUGUGUGGGACUUCCAUUAUUUUUGAAAUCUUGAAAUGGAGGGGAAGAUGGGUUGCUCAGUCAGUUGAGGAACGCAAUUCUGAGGAGGUGAUACACCCAAAUCAGUCUGGGGGAGAUAGUCUUCACACGCAACAAAUCAAUCCGCAACAAAAUGAAAAUGUUGCGAAUGCAGGGACUGCCCCUGGCUGUUAGUGGUCGUUUAAACUUAUCUUACAGAGGCCAAGGCCGUCUUCCGAUUGUACAGAGUUGCUUGUAAAUUGGAGUCCACAAUGACAUGAUGGAGUAAACUAUCCACGGCAGAGCACCAAGGCAAUAUGCAAAAGGAACCUUAUCAAUUUUUGGGUGUGAGAAAGGAACCCCAGGCUCAAUGCGUUGGGGUUUGUAUUACACUCUCUCUAUUAACUCGAAUCAAAAGUUUAUAGAGAUGCAAGUGUCUAUAUUGAUACCGUGUUUAGUUGUAGUUAGGGUUUUCUGUGUGUUCUUUGUUCCGAUUCUGGUGAAAUUUGAAGUUAUGUGAAUAUAUACGGCCUUAUUGUGCUCUGGGAAUUUGAUUGCACUAAAUGUUCUUCACAAAUUCGAGUUUACCAUGAAUUUAAGGUUCAGGUUUGUUGUUUUAGAACCA